AUGAUGCCCCUCCGAUCCCGCCUGGCCGCUGGCAGCAGCAGGGCAGCAGCGGCUCGUCCUUUGAACACGGCCUCGUCUGCGCAGUGCUCGACCCCUCGCGUCUUCCGCCGGCAGCAGCAGCAGCAGAGUCGCGCCUAUUCUUCGCAGGGUCCCAAGUCCGGCGGUGCCAUCAAGUUCUGGCCCUUCUUCGCCAUCAUCGGUAUCGGUUCCGCUGGGUACGUUGGCCUUGUCAACCGCCGCAAGGAGAUGCCUCCCACCGACGACACCGCCCAGCUCCCGGCCCCGGCCAAGUCGACGCCCACCUUCUCCGGUGACGAUGUGACCGUCCUCUUCGUUCUCGGAGGGCCCGGCGCCGGCAAGGGCACGCAGUGCUCCAAGCUCGUCGCGCAGCACGGCUUCACCCACCUGUCGGCCGGCGAUCUCCUCCGCGCUGAGCAAGAGCGUCCCGGCUCCCAGUUUGGUGAUCUGAUCCGCGACUACAUCAAGAACGGCCUCAUCGUACCCAUGGAGGUGACAGUCCAGCUCCUCGAGAACGCCAUGACCGAUGCCCUGCAAAAGUCCGGCAGCAAGAAGGGCAAGUUCCUCAUCGACGGAUUCCCUCGCAAGAUGGACCAGGCACACAAGUUCGAGGAGACGGUCUGCCCUGCCAAGAUGGUGCUCUUCUACGACGUACCCGAGGAGGAGAUGGAGAGGCGCCUGCUCGAGCGCGGUAAGACCAGCGGUCGCGCAGACGACAAUGCCGAGAGCAUCCGCAAGAGGUUCAGGACCUUUAUCGAGACGAGCAUGCCCGUCGUGGAUUACUACGAGAAGGAGGGCAAGCUGGUCAAGAUUAAUGGUACUGUGCCUCCGGAUACCGUCUUUGCCAAGACGCAGAAGGCUCUGACGGACCACCUUGGCGCUGGCUACUAA